GCGACGCCAAUCAAAACUUUUAAACUUUAAUAUAAUUUUUAAAAUUUAUCACAACAAGUCAACUUUCAAAUGAAAAAGUGAUCUCGUGAAAAAAUAAUUAAUAUAAAUUUAUUUUGUUAAUAAACAUAUAAAAAUGAGUGUCCAUUGUGGGAUAUUCCAAGUAUAAUAUUAAAUAUAAAGGGAAUAAUCUUAUCAGAAUAAACAUUUUUCUGUGACGUUUUAAUGCUUAUCAGCGAAAAUAAAAUAUGAAUUGAUACCUAGAUUUAAUUUUAUAAAUUAACGUGAAAGCGUGAGUCCGCGAUAAAACAAACUACCAAUGGAAAUAUAAGUUACAUAAUUUUUGAGUGUGCGCUCUUGCGAUUCAAAUAUUAAGAGUUUUGCGUGUUGAAAACUUUGAGGUUGCAUUUCAGAGUCUCCAAGCAACACUACGAAUACAAAUUAGUACAUAAAUAUUUUUCUCGCCGUUAAAUAAAUAACAAAGUCAGCACAGAUCGAAAAAGUUUUUAAUUUAUGAUGAAUAUAUUCAUGUCAAGAUGACUACUUAUUUUAUGAUAAAAAGAAGUUAAGUACAUGCCGAAUGAUAAAGAUUGACCUUUAUAAACAAAUGGAUUCACAAAUGAAAAUUACAGCAAGACGAAAAUCUGAGUCUCCUAGUCCUGGAUUUUUAAUUACGAGAUAAAAAUACUCAUUAAAUUUAUCAACAAUAAUAAUAAUUAUUAUUAUUGUUAUUAAAUAAAUAUAUAUAGAGUGAUAACGAAGAGAAAAAUAAUGAAGAAUAACAAAAAUAAAAAAAUGUAGAUAAUCCUUGAGUUGAAAAAUAAUAAAAAGUCUAGUAUAAAAAAAAAAAAUUGACGAAGAACGAGAAAAAGUGUAAAAUGGGAGCAGCGAGACUGGUUCUUGGUGGUGCAAUACUUGGUCUUUUUUGGGGUAGUAUACCGCAGACAAUUGGCUCGGAUACUCUAGAUGGAAUCUGUGAAUCAUCACCGUGUGCCUGCGAUCUUCACGGAAGACUCACCUGCGAUUGUGAAAAUAAACCGGAGGAUCUGUUCCUGAGAGCCGAGGGUGAGCAUCGUUUGAGUCAACACACCAGUCGAAUAGUAGUACAAAAUUGUCCUUCAGUGGUUCUGAUGAAUUCCAGCUUGGCUUUGAUGACCGGACUAAGAUCAAUCGAGUUCAUAAACAUCAACAACCUCACGCUCUACACAAAGUCAUUUGAACUGUCAUCAAAAACCUCACGUGCCAUAAUAUCGAUUCACACAGCCAACAUCCAAGUCCUUCCAAGUUUUGUUUUUCGGGGCGACAUUGAAUCAAUAAGCCUAGAAAACGUCAAUAUAACGACAGUAAGUGCGUUUGCGUUUGCAAAUUUCGCUGGGACCGAAACUCUGCGAUUGGAAGAAUGCACAAUAGGAACAAUGGAAGAACAGGCGUUCAAAAAAUUCGACGUUAAUUAUCUUCAUAUUAUUGGCGGCUCGUUUGGCGAUCAAGUACCGAGUCGCGCAAUGAAUGAUCUUGAAGUUUUUACGACAUUCCGCUUAGACGGCGUCAACAUGGGGAUCGUGCGGUCAUCAGCAUUUGUCAUAAAAAAACCAAAGACUGUCACCAUACAAAAUUGUGUUAUCGAUGGACUCGAAGGUGAAUCAUUCGACAUAAGUGCGCGCGGUCCUGUGCUGAUUAAAAAUAAUAAUUUUAACAACUUGGCCGCUGGUUCAUUUUUGGGAAUACGUACCGACAAUGACGAACGAUUGCCGCCAAUAGGAACAAAGUUACAAGAAAUAACUUUUACAAACAAUACUUUGAAUGAUUUUGAAGAAGGAUCAGUUUUGUUUGAUCGGUCAAGCUUUCGUCCAAUAAUUGAUAAUAUUUUAAUAAAUCGUACGUGUCAGUGUUCGUUAUUAACCGAAUGGAAAAACAAUAUUCUCAAUUACAGUAACGUUUACACGCGUUACUAUUCCGGUAACUCGGUUAUACAAACUAACAAUUAUUUAUUAGAACCCAUCGAAGAGGGGACAUUUUAUUGCUUAGACAAUAAUGGUGAAGUGACUAGUAUUAGUAGUAAUAAUAAUGCCGGUAGUAUUGUCAAUAGUGUCACUAAUUUUCGUGAUUACGAAUUGCGCAGAUGUACUAUCGGUAACUCAACAAUGCUACUGUUAGUUGUAAUAACUGUAUGUAUAUUUUUAUUGAUAGUAUCUAUAGUACUGAUAGUAUGGUGUUGCAAAAGACAUCGCGAGCAUGGACAGAAACGUUGGAUAAGUGUGCCAACAAGUGCACCGGAUGUUGUGUCAAAGAAAAAUGGUGUUAUUGGACGCAGUGGUGUCAAUAAUACUGGGGGUGGGGGAAGUGGGGGUGGAACAAAUUACAAUAGAACACCAGUUGACUCGAGGAUUACGAUGGUUGUGCCGGACGGUAGGCUCUAUCGUGAAACAGAAUUUCAUGUUAUAGUUGAAAAAGCCGAACCUCUUACUACUGAAUUGUAACGAGAGCCUUCGCGCGCCUCAGGCUCGAGAUCGAUUGAUAAUAUCGAUUAUCGUCUUGAUUGCAAGACGAAUAAUCAAUUCAGAUCUGGGGAGCGCGAGUGUCGGAUUUACAAAUUGUAAGAUUAUUUAUUUUUAAUUUUUAUAUAUAUGUAUUGAUAUAUAUAUAAAUAUGAAACAAUAUAUGUGAUGAUAAAUGAGUAUUUUUUUUGUGAGUAAAUAAAUAAAAAUUAAUAAGGUUUCGAUGUAUAUGGGUAUGAAAUUAUUCCUUGUGAAAAGACUAUUUAGAUAAGAUAUUUAAUAAUAUAUAUAUUAUAUAUACUUAUAUAUAUAAGGUCGUGAUGACCCAUUGAUAGAUUACUACAUUAUUGAGACUGUCAUGAUGUCAUGAACAAUAAAAAUAACUUUUACCCGUUAGUACAACCGACAUUCUUUGAUGCCUCUAAUACAUAUCAGAGGUUUAUUUAAAUAUAAUUUGAAAUAUCGUAAAUAUAUAAGUGUAAUUAUUUGAAUAAUAAUAAUAUUACUGUAAAUUAUGAAUUUAAAGAAUUAAAGUGUAGAUUUAAAAAGCAAUUAGACGUUCGUUAACGUCGUAUGUAAAGAAAAAAAUUUAUUUUAUUAUUUUAUUAUUUAAAUAUUUAUCGGAAAUAAAAAAAAUUUUCCAUGUGUAAAAUAUUUUAAAUUACAUUCCGAGUAAUUAUUUUUUUGUACCAAAAAUUU